CCGCUGUUUUGCGUACGCGGGAAAUGACGCAAUAUCGAGGCAUACCGCGAUAGUGGCUGUGCGCCGGGGCGCUCUCCGGAACGAGGCUGGGCGCCUCUCUGCUCCUUCCUCCCGCCCGAUGGCAGCUUGUAAAGCAGGGAAAGCCCCGAGGGCCGCGCGGCGCGGAGCAGGCAAGGAAUGUGAGAGAAAUGAAUCUGGAAGAAAUGAAUCUGGCGCAUCAUCCGAAGACUAUGUCAUUGGGCAAGUGGUCAACAGUUUGUUUCAAAAUAAGUCCACAACAUGCAAAACACAACCCCUGGCACAUCUUUUUAGUGCUUCUGAGCCUGAAACUCAGCCAGUGUUUGUUGCUGUGUCAAGAGAGAAUAAGAAACGAAAGCAUACCGACGUGGAAACGGCAGCAAAAGAUCAGAAUUCGUCUACUAAACAAAAAGCUCCUAUAAAACAGAAGAAAGCCAAAAAUAACAAACUGUCGGUAGCAGAGAAAAGGUUGGCAAACAGAGAGUGUGCAUUGGAACAGGCAGAUGAAGAAGAGAAAGAAAAAGAGAUCAAAGUCAAACAGAAGCUACAAAGCAGAACAUCUCAAGCUGUCAUCAAAAGCCUUGCUAGUUCAGCUAAUGAAAUUGGUGUAAAACAGUGCAAUAGGAAAAGUCAAAUUAGUCAAGCUGAAGAGUUGUUGAAGAAUCAAAGAACUGUGUUUGUUGGGAAUUUACCUAUCAGCUCUACUGUUCAGAUGCUGAAGUCACUUUUUAAAGAAUAUGGAGAGAUAGAAUCCAUUCGAUUCCGUUCUUUGGUUCCAGCAGAGGAUACUUUAUCCAAAAAGUUAGCAGCCAUAAAGCAUAAGCUGCAUCCUAAUAUGAAAUAUAUGAAUGCGUAUGUGGUUUUUAAGGAAGAAGGCGCUGCCAUGAAAGCUCUUAAGAGAAAUGGAACUCAAAUUGCCAGUGGAUUUCACAUCAGAGUUGACCUUGCUUCAAAAGCCACUUCUCAUGACAAUAAGAGGUCUGUAUUUGUGGGAAAUCUCUCAUAUGAAAUUGAAGAUGAUACUGUGCGAGAAUACUUUUCUGACUGUGGAAAUGUAGUAGCAGUGCGAAUUGUGAGAGACAAAAACACUGGCAUUGGCAAAGGGUUUGGUUAUAUUCUGUUUGAGAAUACAGAUGCUGUACAUCUUGCUUUGAAACUAAACAACUCUGAACUGAAGGGAAGAAGGCUUAGAGUGAAUCGCUGUGUUGAGAAGGAGAAAAAACAGAAAAGCUCAGACAAUGUAAAACUUUCUGGUUCAAAGCACAGAUUUGAUACUUCAUUAAAAAAUACAAAAAAAUGUUCCAGCAAUUCAUUUGCUGGUGAAAAAGCAACCCCAUUGAAAAAGAAAACAAAGAGACCAAAAAGCGUGACUAGAACAAAAGCGUGCAGCAGCCUGAUGGCAAUAUAACUUACUGAGAGAACAUUUGUGUCCAUACCCCUUGACUGGAAUAGGUUCCAGACACGCUUUACGCUUUGGCAGCUUUUUUUUUAUAUGAUCUUCUUCCCUGGAGAUGUCAGUGUGCAAUUUCUCCUAUAGUGGUUAUCUUAAUACAAACAAGAUUUAUUAAAAGCAGGAAAAAAGAAAUGUUUUGCAUAUCUUCCAGAUUUUCAUUUCUUAUAAGAGUCUCACGCACGCAGUUGUAUGUGGGAUAAUGAGAGAUCUUACAUAGCUAUGCUGACCUUAUGGCCCCCAAAAUCUGGGUUUGUCCCAAAUUUUAAUGUGCUGUCCCGGGUGCCCCGUGCAGCUCUAAAAUGUCCCAAAAAAAGUCCUGGGGCUCCUAAAGCAGCAAGAAGCAGCUGCACAGCUAAUUCUCCUCCUGCUCUCCAUUCCCUCCCUGGGGGAGGACUCAGAUGCUUCCCAGGACUUCCCUGCGGCUGGGGAUCCAGCCAAUAGAAGAAGCGGGAGGCUUUGCCUGUAGGAGCGUGGGGAACCCAAGCAAGUGGCUGGGCACCCGGGGUGGGAGGAAGCAGGCAGGGGAAAAGAGAC